AUGAACACUCAAAGGAAAGACGCGUACAGGCCACUCCUGUCGCUCGGGAAAGUCAAGGACAAAACCUACGCCAGAUGGGACCGUAUGGACUUGACAACUUGCCGUUUAGUGUUCAUCAGUCCCCAGAGAUCAUUCGAGUUCUUUCCGCCUAUCGUUAUCUUUCUGAGUGCGGCGUACCUGGUCGCCGUAGGAAUGAAGUAUUUCCGCUUGUACCCUUUCGACGGAGAACAAAAGUUUCUCAUGCCCACCAAGCCACUACCCCUCGGUAUUUCCUUCAUGCCGACUUCAGACAAAGAGAUGUACUUGGGUGCGAUAAUUACUACAAUUAUGGGAAUAGCAGCAUUCUUUAUCAGUAAGGGUUACCCUAUGAGGAUAUACUGGAACGCCCGGCAACGUCAGUUCAUCGCGGUGCACCGUCAUCCCAUCACGUGCUGGGUGAGGCGGACCCCGGUACUACCUGGCUCGGUCAAAGAAUCGAAGCGCUUCGGAGGACUGAAGGAUGUUCCAGGGCUGAGGAUCCCGCAAUCCUUCGACCCGGAGUAUUUCAAGGCACCGAUUUACUACAAUGUUUUGAUGGGCUUCUCGGACGCUAGCUGUCUCAAUGAUGAGGGCGAGGAUGGAGGAAUCGACUUCUUCUAGAUUCCGGAACUUUGGGCCGCUUGUCGGAGGAUAUCUGAUCGGGAUCCUUCGUUCUCCCCCUGGACCAUCUCGAGACCGGGGAAUAUAAACAAAGCUGUUCAGA